AUGUCGAAUCUUAUAAAAUUUGAAUUUGCGGCCCUUGAUAUUACUGGAAAGAACUAUUUGUCUUGGGUAUUAGAUGCUGAAAUUCACCUAGAUGCAAAAGACUUUGGUGAAACAAUUAAAGAAGGAAAUAAAGCAACAAGUCAAAACAAAGCUAAGGCUAUGAUAUUUCUUCGCCAUCACCUCCAUGAGGGUCUUAAGAUUGAGUACUUGACUGUAAAAGAUCUACAAAUCCUUUGGAAUAAUCUAAAUGAGAGACUACAAGACUUUAAGUCUGUAAGUGAAUAUAACUCAGCUAUGUUCAAAAUUACUUCACAAUUGAAGUUACGUGGAGAGAAAAUCACUGAUGCAGAAAAGUUAGAGAAAACAUACUCUACCUUUCACGCAAAUAACAUUGUCCUGCAGACACAAUACCGAGAAAAGGAAUUUAAAAAAUAUUCUGAACUUAUAUUUUGUCUCCUUGUGGUUGAGCAAAAUAAUGAGCUAUUAAUGAAAAAUCAUGAAUCACGUCCUACUGGUUUUAUUCCCUGA